CAGUGAUCAAUUGCGCAUCCAUGUUGCCGGCAGUUAGUACGGUAUAACCACAUUUACGAUCUGCAAGUUACGGUAUGCUGCAGCAGCUGCCCACCACUGCUAUAUUGUACAUAAAAUUCCCAGUGAAACGUUACCCAUUUCCAAACAGGGGAAUUGUUCAACAAUCCGCUACCGGAAAGCCGCCGAGGACCGUAAUUUUAUUCCGCACAAUGUUAUUGUAUACGCGUGUAUUGGGGAUCAGGGAUCAGUUGUAUUGCAAUUUCCUGAAAUCUUUUCCAUUUAUCCGUUCAAAUGGUUGCCAUUACGUUUGAGCCGGAAGUCUACGGAAAGACUUGCCGAUAUCUGUACGAUAUCCAUGAUCCCGGCCAGCUGAUCGGACAAGGGAGCUUUGGUUAUGUAUGCAAAGCGACCAUCACGGAUUACGGAAAUUACACAGGAGACGGCGAUGUGGCCGUCAAAGUUGUUCAACCUAGAAAGGACACUUACGCGGACGAAUCGGCCAGGAACAGAAUGCGCAGUCGAUUUCAGCGACUUCUGGGGAUUAGCCACGAUCACAUCACCGAGUACCACCAGUUUAUGAUCGAUUUCACGACAUCCGGCGACACUUUUUUCGUGUAUGUGCUUAUGGAUUACUAUAAUAAAGGAAACAUGGCUCAUCGCUUGCAGAGAUUUUGCCACCAGAAUCAAAUGUGGAACACCGCCAACGGUACCCGACUGGUACAGAUGCCCUUUGACCUGAAAACCGCUGUGGACUACAUGUUUCAGAUUUCCGAAGGUUUGGGGUUCCUGCAUUCCAAUGGCAUUAUUCACGGUAAUCUAAAUCCAUGUAACAUAUUCGUCCGCACCAUCGAAGAUGAUGCCAACAGCCACGAGGUACUUGUAAUCGGUGGCCUUGAGGAUUUUGUCCAGAAAAAGAACAACCUCAUCGCUACAGCGGAUCUUGAUGCUAAUUACCCUCAGGGCAGUUUCCGUUACAUGUCACCAGAGAUGCUCGGCUGCUCGACGGCAGGUAUUUUCAACGCCAAAAUCUGCAGAAAAACCGAUAUCUGGAGUCUGGGAUGUAUUAUGCUGGACAUGAUCAACUGCGUCAUGGGCACCGAUCAUGUAUGGCUGUGCAACGGAGAGCUAGCGCACGAUCGGAAGCGGGGAGAUAAUGUUGAGGAGCGCCACUAUGCGGUCAUGGUCGCGGCUGGUUAUAUGCCCGAAGUGCCCUUUGCGGCACCGUUUCCGUUGGGAGAAUGUGCUCGCCGUUGUUUGUGUUACGACAGUAAGGCCAGGAUCAGCGUUGUGGCUGUAAUGGAAAUGCUGCGCAAGAACACGGAAGUGAGACCGCAAACACUGGGCUUGACGACUCCGUCUCCUCCUUGUUCCUUGCGCCAAAAAGCCAAACGUGUAAUAGCAAUGGUAUUACUUUUUCUAGUCGUUUGUGUGCUUAUUCUCAAGUUCCUGUUCGGAACCGGCCGAUCAUCAGGACCUUGGUGAUAGCGCGCAUGCACGGGUGCAAGCGCCGGAUUGACGGUGUUUACAGGAGACCGCUGCGCAGACGCUGGAUUAAUCUUAAAAUUAACCUUCGAGUCUCUGCCGCUGUUGACGCUGGAUUUCCUCCACUCGGAAACGUGAAUUGAACCGCAUCCGUCUGCGUAAAAUAUUUUGUUUUUCUUCCUUUCAUUUAAGAAUUGUUGUACCUAGUUUGUGUUCCUUAGCAUAGUGUUGUCAGUGCAUGAAUAAGUAUUUUGGUUUCUCAUGUAUGCGAGCGCUUGGAGUAUGCAUUAUCACAACUAAAACCCCCUGUACUACUUUGUGUUUACUUAAUUGACAACGCUAAGCAAAUCCAAAAUCCAAGUAUACAGACAAAUGAAACAGAAAUAAAGAAUACA